GUGUGGCAUACCCAGGCGUAGAAAUGGCCGCUGAAGUCCGAAUGGUGCUUUAUGAAGAUGACUCGGUCCAAGUACAGUAUGCCGAUGGUUCCAGACUGCAGCUCUCUCCGUGUGGCUCAGAGUUUCUAUUUGAAAAGGCACCUCCUCUUUCAACACAUCCUUUAGAGCAACCAGAGAGAAUUCGUCAACGGACACACUUUGUCAUUAGUACCUACCGAGAGCAACUGCAGCGAGCCCUAGAUUUUCGAAACUCUUCAGCUACAUGCCCUUUUUUAUCUGAAAGCCUCACACCUCCUGAAAGAAAAAAGCAUAUCUUCAUUGAUUUCUCGGAAGUAAAAUGGCCCAGUGUUGAUAGAGAUGACAGCAUCACAUAUUCGGAGAGUGGCGCUGUGAAGAUAACAUCACUCGAUGGACACGCAUACCUGUGCCUACCCAGAUCUCAGCAUGAAUUUACAGUGCAUUUUUUGUGUAAAGUGAGCCAGAAGCCAGACUUGCCUGUAAUACUCUCUGAAACAAGUAAUCAGGUCCCAAAAGAUAAACGAGUUGGAAAGACGAGCAAAAUCUGCACACGUGCAAGUUUAUCAGGACAAGGAUUACAGAAUAAAGAAAACGAACUUCAUGGCCAGAUCUUGAAAUCUAAGGCCUCAGCGAACCUGUGUUGUGUGGAUGGAACCGAGGGGCAGGAGGAGCUGCCUUCCUCAAGCACAAGGCACAGAUGUGUCUACGCCUGGGUGAAGCAGUGCUGGUCUGUCGCCGCCUGUCCAGAGCCGUGGAAAUACCCUUUGUCUUUAGCCCUUGGUUUUUAUAACAAAGUUAGUGUUGUGUCUAAAACUGAUGCAGGUUUCCCUGCAAGUGGAACUGUAACCUCUGACACUCCAGAAGAAAGCAGAGAAGAGGUUUCUGUCCUUCCCAGGGCCUUGUUACUCAGCUGCCCUGCCCCACACACGCACAGGUGGAACUUCUGUGAAUCACUUUUACAGAGACAGUCCGAUGAAGAGUAUUCCUAUCCUGAGCUGGUGAAGGUGGUGUGGUACAAGGGUAUUACAUACAGGCUUACCCAUAAAAAUGAAAACUCGAUAGAGAUUUAUCCUGGAGAUGGAUCAGUUUUCAAGUCAGAAGGAGCUUAUUUUGGUAACUAUUUUACAUAUUAUCCGAGUCAAGAAGAAUCAGAAAAGAGAGAAGAGAAAACUUAUUCCAUAAAUAACCUUCCUCCAGACAGACCAGGAAGUCUCUUCUCUGUACGUUCUUUGAUUAAACAGGCAGCCAGAAUUCUUCAACAUUGUGCCAAGACAAGGCUUUCACUGAGCCACAACUAUCACGCCUGCUGCUGGAAAACGGUACCUGGAAUAAAUGUUAACAAUACCCUGCCCAUGCUUCUGAAAGAGUCACUCAUACCCAGUGUGGGGAGAUUUCUUGCCUACUCUGAUGACAAAGUUCACGCUGUCUUUUUAGAUGGCGUCACUCUAACGCUGAAUUGGAAUUUCAGCUCCUCUAAUGAUAAAACUUGCCUCUUCUUUUUGCUUAAGAUAAAUCAAGGUCUCAACUUGGGUUGGUGCAGAUUAACUUUUCCUGAUGGACAGGAUCAGUUCAUUCAAAUUGAGCAUCCUGGAACAUAUGAAAGAUACGUGACAUCAGUGACAUCAUGGUGCAGAAGACUGACCCAGACUAGUCCAAGUCAGUUGCCCGAACAUCUGUCACCUGUUCUCAACGAAAAUUGGUCUGUUGCCUCUGAGCUUGAGAAAAUACAGAAAUUUAACUGGCUCCUGGAAAACAGUGGUGUCCUCCACUUGACUUCUAACAAGAAAAACGAACAGUGUUCUGAUGACUGUGCACCAGGCUCUUCAGAAACCUUGCUAGAAGCAACUAAUAAAGAGAGUGUAUCGGUAGCAUUGAAAAGAACUUCUGAAAUCCUUCAGGAUAUUGACUAUAUCUUGUCAAACUCUAGAAAGUGAAGAAUGGAAUUAUUACAACACUAAAUCUUAAGGAUGUUUCAAAUUCCUAGUAUGAAAUUGCUAGUAACCCAAGGAACUAUAAAUGUUACUUCUGCAGAACGUGCAGAACUGCUUUAACUUUGAUUGUAUUUUACCUAACUUGUAAAUUUUAGUGGGUGUGUCUGUAUGUAUAUAUCGGUAUAUAUACAUUUUUAAAAUAAAGAACUAUUUUGAGGGUUUUGAACUA